GGUUGUGGGGGGUGGGGUUUACCAGGUAAUUUGGUGCCUUUUUUUAUUCUUUCCUUUCCUUUCUACGCUGCUUUGAACUGGGUUUCUACCUGAGCGCUGCUCAUUUCUUACUAGCAUUUUGCCACUGGGGACCACGCUGUUGGAACACACACGCUAGGACACACUCACCCUUGCAUCGCACCCAGACAACGCACACAACCACCCCCCCCCCUCCCCACCCAUUAUUUCAUUCAGAGCUUUGGUAGUGCAGACAUCGAAGGAAGUUUGCAGCAGCACCACCAGGCGGAAACACGGGGAGAGUAAAAGAGUGAGUGCGUGUGUGUGCGAGUAAGAUAGAAAAGCAGUUGUCGGGCGGGUUUGAGAGAAGGGUGUUUUGUAAGAUAGGAGCAGAUCUGUACUGGGUAUUCGACGUCGAGGAUUGCGCAGAUGGGCAACGGACGCGUGUGUGUUUGACUCGAGGGUUGGGUAGAAUUCCUGGGGCGAUACUCAGAUGCCCGCGUCGUUUCGGCGCCCUCACACGGGACAAGUCGAGGAGUUCAAAGCAACCCCGUCCAGCACAGUUCGCAGAUCUAGUCCGUUGCUGUGUCUAUACACCAGUUUGUACGGUUUCUGUCCAGGUUACUCUUGAAGCGGAACAAUGGUUCCGCUCAGAUUCGGUUAGGUUUUUCACUUGUUUUCUGCUCGGAGUUGGCAAGAUGAACUGAAACGUAUCGGAAGGAAGGGCUUCUCAGUUGUAGGCCAAGGUGGAUUCACAUCGGUGAGAGAAUCAAGCAGGCUGGGGCACCAACGACAUCGAGGAAUCGACGACUCCAACAGCAUAGUUUGUGUAUGAAAUAUUCUCUCAGGGCCGGGAAAGGGAAUGACUGCAGUGGAGAUGCUGGUUUGGCAGGAAGCAAGAUGCGGGAGCCAACGAGAGGCAGCUACUCGCUAGUACGCCACAACAGCGCAGUGUUCGAGCAUGAUUUUGGUUCCAACCUUAGUAGUUUGGUCCAUACAGUUAGCGAGGUGAGAGAAGAGAUGCAGUUAGGGUUGUCACACGGCUCCAGGGUCCACAUGAAAUCGGAUGGAUGCGCAAGUGAUGGAAAAUCAGGGCAAAACAAUGGCAAAGGUGGGCUAGUGAGGCAAGUUUCGCGAGAGUCUCACGAGUUCUCGCAGGAGACGUACUCUUCGUCUUCUACUCCCGGGAAGAACGGUCACAUUAGUAGUUUUGUAUUGAAGAACUAUUCGUUGCAUGACAGGCGCACUUUGAGCCUCCCUGUGGGCAAGGAAUACUCUAUCAGCCAGUAUGUGGGUCAGUCGACCAAGGUUCAGACGCAUGUAGAUAGUGACAACAAUCCUAGGAAUGUAACAUACUCUAAGCGACGCACAAGCGUGAGUAGUUCAUCGACUCGCGACGGCAGUGAUGGAUAUUGUACACUUGAUAUCGACAUUGAAGCUGAGAGACACUCCAAGUCGACUCUAGUUUUCGAGGCUGGGUCGACACUGCUCAGCUUCGUGGGGGCCAUGUUUACUUUGUAUCUGUGCAUACGAUUCUUGACAUCUGCUACGGGCAGUCGCUAUGUAGACGAGUCUAAGUUGUACUGCAAUAACUCCAGUGCUCUUCGUGACAGCAGUAACACUGGAUAUCUUCAUUGUAAGCUGUUUGCUAAGGCAUGCUCGUUGUUAGGCCUGUUUACUGCGGGGUUCGUAGUAAUGGCUGGGACAUGGUUGUCGGGUCGGUCGUGGCGAUGGGCCUCGAUGUUUACGACGAGCUGUGGCCACUGUGAUGACUACGACCAGAACCGGCGCCAGGCGGAAGAAGCCGAUGAGAAGGUUCGACAAGCCGAUCGGUCUAAACAGCAGUUUAUGGCUUACGUCUUCCAUAACAUAAGAGUGCCUUUCAACGCCAUCGUCCUCGGACUCGGUCACAUGCGAGCUCUCGGAGAUGGAGGUGGCGUGUUAGGAAGCGCAGCAGACAAGAUGGACUUGGUUCAGAUGAUGCUAGACUGUGCGGAGACGAUGACAAGCGUGCUCGACGAUGUCACUGAUAUGGGUCAAUGGGAAGGUGGUGAAAUGGAACUUCACAAGGAAGAGUUUGACAUUCUUGCCGUGAUCAGGUUCUUAUCCUGGGGCCUUAAGGAUCUGCUGGAGCAGAAGGACAUUGUAUUUAACAUGAACAUCGACAGUGUGGCAAGCGAACUGCUUACAUCGCAUCGAGUGGUUGGAGAUAAGCAGCGAGUAGUGCAGACUUUAGGAAAUUUUCUAAGCAACGCCGUGAAGUUUACACCAUCCGGGGGAAAAUUGGAUUUGGACUUACAGUGCGAAGAAGUCGCCGAGCGCGAGAAUCAUGAAGAUCUCAUCGUGCAUUCUAAUCCGCCUCCUCAAACCAGCGAGGGUUCGUUACUUGGAGCUGCCGGCAUCCAAAUUUUGUCAAAAAUUCCAUCACAGAAGAUUUGUGGUGAGGCGAAAAUAGCGAGGUUGCGGCUUUCUGUGAAAGAUAAUGGAAUCGGAAUAUCCGCUCAAGAUCAAGCAAAUCUGUUCGAACCGUAUUCGUUUGUCACUUCAGGAUGGGUUCUGAAGGCUGGUGUUUCUGGAUUGGGUCUCAGCAUGGCGAAGAGAUUUGUUGAGCGAGCUGGCGGCAGUAUCGGAGUAGAAUCUGAAGAAGGCAGUGGCAGCACCUUUUUCUUCUCCAUUCCUUUUCCUCUUGUUCCAGUGGAUGUGAGUAAUGAGCGGGAGCAAGGGAAGUUGGAUGGAGGAGCACCUGUGCUUCAGAAGUCAGAGGUUACUCAAUCAAUGGAUAGCUCAGGCAUGACAGUUGUACACGAAUCGAUCACGCUAUCCCGAAGGCGGUCCAAUCAUACGAAGGAUGUGAAACCGGCAGUGGAAAAGAAACCGGCAACUAAAGUACCGGAUGUGAAUAGUGAUGUUCCUGGUAGCUGCACAAAAAAUUCGAAGCAUGAUGGGGCUGAUAGAUGUCGGAGGAAAGUGCUACUUGUUGAAGAUACACUGAUUAAUAGGAUAAUUUUACGGAAGGUGUUGCUAAACCUCAACUUGCAGUGUGACGAAGCUGAGAACGGUCAAAUUGCAGUAGAUCUGCACAAACAAGGGAGGACAUAUGAUCUUGUGCUCAUGGACAAGGAGAUGCCUGUAAUGGAUGGCCAUGAGGCUACAAGGCAAUUAAGGAAUAUGGGAGUAAAAACUCCGAUUGUCGCGUUGACUGGGAAUGCAUUGACUUCGGAUAGAGAAUUAUUUUUCGAAGCGGGUGUAGAUGAUUUCCAAACUAAGCCUUUGUCAAGAGAUAAACUUGUACAGCUGUUAUCGCGGUAUGGAGUGGAAAGUUCGUGUUCAAAGACUUCAUGUUCAAAGAUGGCGUGACGGAAAACCAUGCGUCGACUCGAGGACUAUGGGGUUACUCAGCUGCGGCUUUUUUGCCCCUUGUAACAUACAUUUGCAGAAAGCGAUCUUUUAAAUAGAGGUUCUUAGUGAUGUAGAGAGAGGAUUUACUUUGGGAGCCAUUGCUCCAGGUGCUGAUUGAUGCCGAAGAUGUAUACAACUACCUGUUUAUCCUCUUGGUUUUUUGACUCCGACAAGGUUAUUUUUGCUUUGGACAUUCCAAUGUUCGCAUAUUGUUACUGGAUUGUUUAGACCACGUUUGACUUCGUAGUUGGGACUAGAUUUAUGAACUUGUGUCUCUAUUUUUACAAAGGUUGAGUGCACUUUAUGAGUGUGUUCGCUUUAGUUCACAUGCAUCUUGAUCACUGGUUACAUUC